AUGGGCUACAAUACAGAAAAGACAGAAUGGCCGACAUUCGAGAUCAACAAGGCCGUCAAGGAGCUCAUCGACCAGUUCUUCUGGCAGCUAGACCAGCAGGACCCCAAGGUUGGAGACAUUCUGGCGGACGACAUCUUUGCAAAGACCGGACAGGCAGAGUUUGGAGGACACUUGUACUCUGGACCCGAAGGCAAGUUCGCUCUGCCCCCCGCUUCUUUCCUCACGUUCCAGAUUCGCAAGUCCAGAGACAACGCGUGGAAGGUGAUAUCCAGCCGCCGCCACGAAGUCUUGAAGGUCUUCUCUGCCGACCUCGACGGCAGCGACCUCCUCUUCAUCGGGAAUGUAGCAAUGGGCCUCCGCAACGGGCAAAGCGUGGCCGGAGAGUUCACCGGGAGGCUUCGCAUCGAGAAUCCGACGUCGUCGCAGCCAAAGCUCCUUCUUUACCAAAUUUGGGCGGACUCUGCACCGCUGGUCAAGGCACUGCAAGGAAACUAA